CCACUUUGUCGUUGGUGUAAAAUGUGUAUCAACCCAGCUUGUCGUCGACCCACUUUUUUGAUCGUAGUUAUGGCUGCGAUGCUUCAACAGUUCGAUCCUCCAAGUUCAGCUAGUUCGGAAAGCGAUGCAGAAGAAAAUGAGAUCAAAGAAAUUAUUUUCGCUGAUGAUGAAAAACGAAGUGGCAAUUUCUUCGAUGCCACCCCUCCUCCAUCACCUCGGCCUCCAUCUGCAGGCUCUCAGAAAUCACCCAGAUCAAGGAGACAGAGAACCACAUCGAUGACAAUGACUCAGUCGAAGGUGACUGCUUCAGUCUCCGUUCUGCGCAGUCACACGAGGACCAUCUACACUGCCGGCAGACCACCCUGGUACAACACUGCAGGCCAACAAGCUGAACCAUUUGUCAUAGGAAUCUGCGGAGGAAGUGCAUCCGGUAAGACGACAGUUGCCACAAAAAUAAUAGAAGCUCUAAAUAUACCGUGGGUGACGUUGCUUAGCAUGGACUCUUUCUAUAAGGUAUUAAACGAGAAGCAGCACCAAUUGGCUCGCCAGAACGAGUACAACUUCGAUCAUCCAGAUGCUUUUGAUUUUGAACUUCUCAAAGAAACACUCGGCAGGUUGAAAGAAGGCAAAAAGGUGGAAGUUCCAAUUUACAAUUUCUGUACUCAUUCACGAGAAAACAGAACUGUAAGUACAUCUUUCAGUACGAGGGUCAUGUUUUUCAACCCUCGAUCACAUAUCGUAACACACAGACGAGUAUGGGGGGGGGGUGACCUUCACACAGCUGAACAGCUUGUCAUUCCCACCAAAGGCUCUAUGAUCUGUGAGGCCAGAUCCUCAAUUGUUGUCGAUGUAAAUUUCAAUUUUUCUUUUCAAUUUGUGUUAAAUAUUUCGUUUAAUUUUGAAAGCCAUAAGCCUGCCUUAAAACCUGUUCUGGACAUGAAGGUGUUUGUGGACACGGACGCGGACAUUCGGCUGGCGCGUCGACUGAACCGCGACAUCUGCCAGCGCGGCCGCGACCUGGACGGAGUGCUGAAGCAGUACCUGACGUUCGUGAAGCCGGCCUUCCAGCACUACAUCGCCCCCACCAUGGUGCACGCCGACAUCAUCGUGCCGAGAGGCGGCGACAACACCGUCGCCAUCGAGCUCAUUGUGCAUCACGUGCACACACAACUUUCUCUCCGAGGUUUUAAAGUGAGAGAAGAGCUAGCUCACUUAUUCACAGGGCAGCCUUUGCCUCGUUCCCUGCACAUGCUGCCCGAAACACCACAGAUCAAGGGCCUUCACACCUUCAUCAGAAACAAAGACACACAGAGAGACGAAUUCAUCUUCUACUCGAAACGGUUAAUACGACUAGUGAUUGAAUUCGCCUUAUCUCUACUACCUUUCAAGGACUCAUUUGUCGACACUCCACAAGGUGUGCCUUAUCAAGGCAAGCGCUGUGCCAGCAACAAAAUUUGUGGCGUGUCCAUUCUGAGAGCCGGUGAAACGAUGGAGCAAGCCGUCUGUGAUGUUUGCAAGGAUAUUCGUAUUGGCAAGAUACUUAUUCAAACCAAUAUGACUACCGGUGAACCUGAGCUGUAUUAUUUGCGACUACCAAAGGAUAUAAAAGACUACAAAGUGAUUCUGAUGGAUGCCACUGUAGCGACGGGGGCAGCUGCCAUGAUGGCCAUACGAGUAUUAUUAGACCACGAUGUUCCUGAGAAAAACAUUCUUGUUGUUUCACUACUAAUGGCUGAAUCAGGUGUGCACACCAUUGCGUAUGCAUUCCCUCAAGUGCAGAUCGUGACGUCAGCCGUCGACCCCGAGAUCAAUGAGAAGUUCUACGUGCUUCCUGGCAUCGGCAACUUCGGUGAUAGAUAUUUCGGAACAGAGCCUGGUGAUAAUUGAAACACGCUUAAUUUAUGCAACGAUAUUUUUAAUUUAGUUCAUAGUGUUUUUGUUUUAUUAUAGCAGUAAACCGGUUUUUGUCACUAUUCUACUGUUACCGUAGCAAUAACUGUUAGCUAAUCCAAUUACUUAAUAAUAAAUUAUUGGUUAAAAAAGGUUUUGUGAUAAAAUUUAUACAAUAGAUUUUAUUUACGGUAUUUACCAUUAUUUCUUUUCGGGAGUUUUCCUUCAUCAAUAAUGAACUAUCCAUGUUCAUUUCAUAUUUAUAAAAUUUACUCGAUUCUUUAGGGUGGAUGUGUUUAGUACUUGAAAAAAUUCAAGAUUCAUUGGUUUUUUUGUAACGUAAUUUUAUCAGCUAUAAUUAUUAUUUAUUAAUUUAUUGCUUCAGUUGCAAGUGGGGCAUCUUUUUUAAAUCCUUUUUGUCUCGCUUAUCAUCUUCCAUUAGAUAUACUUCAAAAGUCAAAACAGUAAUUUGUUUUUAUAGGUAAGUUGAAGGUGGCUUUAUUUUGUAAAAAAUAACUAUCCAAAAAAAUGUUAAUACAUCUGAUACUAAUAAUAAUUUCACCUGUAGUUUAGGAUCUUAAUUGGUAUCCCUUAAUUAUUGAUCUCGAAACCGAAAUUACUUACAUAAAGUCAUUAUUGAAAUUGUAAUAGUAAAUUUCUUUGAGUCUUAUCAUUUAUUACUUUGCCAGUAAAUCAAUGUUCAAUAAUUGAUUUUUGCUUCAAACUAAAUGAAGAGGCUUUUUUAUGCUAGUAAACAGUCACUUUUCUGUACUGUGCAUACUAUUUUUAAUACAUUAUUGGCUAUCUCUUUACUAACACAAUGAUGAUUUAUUUAUUGAUCAACUCUCAAAUUUUGUUCUAGCUGAAGAAAAGUUACCAGUUUCAAAACCUCCAAAGAAAAUCUUAACAAAUUUUCCGGGAAUAUAUCUCCAUUUAAAAGUUUUAUGGUGAAUUUAUCCAUGUAUUUCCGAGUGUUUCUGGAGUUGACUUUCUACUUUAUCGAUUUCUGUUAUUGAAGAUGUUCUAUUCAAUUUUCAAGCAAUAGCAUUAAGCAUUAUUCAUAUUAUUACUACUUUGAAACGGAAUAAAAUAUUAAGUAUAAAGUAUUUUCAUUGAUUACUAACAGAAUAGGAUACUUUGCAGAACUAUAAUUUUAAUUAUUCAGUAUGAUGAAUAGAGGGUAUUUUUAAAACUUCAGAAGUGUCCGUUGUGGAAUCUGUGUGCAAAGAAUGAGGAAUUUCGGCCAGAAUUUAACUUUACGAAAGAAAGGGGUUAUUUACUAAAACGGCCAAAUAGCUUUUGUUGCUUUUCCUAAUGUAAAAAUAUCUUCCGUGGAAGUAAUGGGCUUUUCCCAUGAAUCAAUAAUAAAUUAUUCCCAAACAUUAGUUGUGUUACCAAAGAAAAUAAAAAGUAGCUUUCGAUAAAAAUAUUGGAGAAUAUGCAUAACAGUUUGUUGAUAUUCACUUGAAACUGUCAGUAUAACUGUCAGUAUGGAUAUUAAUACUGUCAGUAUUAAUAGCAUCAAUGCUCCCCAUUCAAAUAAUGCUG